AUGUAUCCUCGUUUUCAACCUAAACUUUCUGCUGCUAAAUCAGUUGCUAUUGGUGGAAAGUCUAUCUCACCCUGGAUUGAUGCAGCUUAUUUUACCUAUGGUGCCUCUCCUGCUUCCAGUAUGAAUGGGAUUAUUUACACUAUUAAAGGAUCUCCUAAUACCUUUUUUGAAGGCUUUUAUUCCAUUGGACUAUCAUGGAGAGGUCGUAGAGAUGGACAGAUAUACACAGUUGAUAAGGAUUUAUAUUCCUCAGCUCCUUGUGAUGAUUUUGAGGAUUUAGGAAUGGAUGGAGUAGGGUCCAGCCUGUAG